AUUGUUUCAGCACCAACCUCUCCACCGUUGGUGUUAGCCAUUCGAAACACCACGGUGGGCUGUGUUUCCAUUGCGGUAGAGCCACCCGCAGAUAUGCAAGGUGACUUGGUUGGCUACCACUUGCUUCUUCAACGUCUUAACGACAAUGAACCGAGGAGAGAGUUUUUGCCUGCAAACGUGAGCAGUCCAUACACAGUUUGUCGUCUUCAUGCUCGUACCUCUUACGCCCUGUCAGUGGAAGCCGACAACGGGUUUGGCAAGUCUCCACCGGCUCGAAAAGUAUUUUUCACUGAUGAGACCGUUCCAUCUGGAGCUCCAGCACACAUUGAUGUGAAACCUGCAGUUGGUGCACCGUCGAUCACCGUUUCCUGGAGAAAACCGAGCAAUGCCACAGGCCACAUCACCCGAUAUCAUCUUUACCACAAGGUGCAUGGCCAUGCGAAGUGGAAAGUCGAUCACCUGAGUGUCACCCGACCCGAGCAGACCUCAUAUAAAUUCGAGUUGAACGGACUCGAGCCGUCUACGAAAUACCACUUUCGGCUGUCGGCGUCAAGCACGAAAGGUGAAGGACAGCGAAGUGUCGAACACGUGGUGAUGACUGAUGUCCCAGUGCCAGCUGCACCAGAAAUCUCUUCACUGACCUUUGACUGCAAAAAUGGCAUCCUCCUGCAGUGGAAUUCCAACGAAGGGCAGAGCUGUGAAGUGGAGAUCACUAACGAAACAAGCACAUUACGAUUUAACACCAGCGCUUCGAAGCUCGACGUGAUCGACCUGGCCCUUCAUGACGAGUACAAGGUGAGGGUAAUGUGCAUGGUACGAAGCAUCGUCGACAGCCGGGUAACACUGAAAGGACCCUGGGGCAAUGAACAACGCUUCGUGCUAAGUCAUCAAUGCUCCUACCAGUCAUCUGUCUGCUCUCCAAACAGCAAAUGCAUGAGGUUGAGAGAUAGCACGAGUCCUCCUCGUUUUUCACUGCUGGUGGCCAUCUCGGCGUUGGUACUGUUCGUUGUGCUUUGUUUCCUGAUCAUCUACUCCUUGAAAGGCCGCUGUCUCGAUAUAAAAAUGCUCAUCAAGAAGAAGGAAAAGUGCGUCUACCUCGAGGAACUCAGCCCUCUUGUCUACGGUCUACUGGAUAAUGUUUCAGAUUCAACAACAUGCGACGACAUUCCCGUGGAACUUUUUUAUGGCUACUGUGAGGAUUUGGCGCGGAACGACAAUGCGAAGUACACAUCCCAAUUUCAGAUUGCGCCUUCGCACUCGUGCGCCCAAUUGAAAGUGUAA